UUGCCGAGGAUAAUGAUGACCAUUGCCGCCAUAAGGGUGAAAACCUUGGUCUUGAGAAAUGCAGGAAUGAUGGAAACCAGUAGGAUGAUUGAGAUGACAUUGAGAAUCGGAACUACUGGAAAGAAACGGGAUCCUCCAACUGGUUCUUUCAUCUUGUGCUACUGCCGCCAGCGGUCAAAAGGAGUUGGGGUGGAAGGCGAAGUUGACC